AUGCCUGAAAUUGCUUUAGCGGACUCUGAGGAGGAGGAGGAUGAUGUUGAAGCUUAUGACUUUUUCGACGAGCCAAGUACAGAAGAAGAUUUUGAAGCUGUCAUGACUGAAGUUCAAGACCUUCCAGAAAGCCCACAUUCAGAAAUAAACAAUGAACCUAAAGAUGAACAACUCCUCACUAUCGGCGCGUUCAAGCUGCUAACAUUAAGAGGGCCAAAGAAAGCAUGGAAGCCUGCAUCCAUGUCUGAACUUCUAAAUUUUGUUUUCAUGCAAAAAUCAACAUUUCUAGAUCUACAAACUGCCAUUAAGGAUAAGUUCAAGACAUUUGCAGAAUAUGGGUUUACAGUCCAGCCCUGUCCAGCAGUGAUUAAUGAUAACGAUGCUGAUGAUCUUAUCGACGUCUCUGCCGAAAACGAGGCACUAGAAAUCUCUCCCGAAGACUUUGAGUCAAGCUUCGAAGAAGAUUUAAGCUCUUUUAUUUGUAAAAUGUAUGCCAACCCAAGUCUUCCACGGAACCAAAUUCAGAUCAUUAUAGAGAACACAGAAGACCCUCUACACCAAACAGUUACCAGAUUACUCAAUGAUGUGAAAAAAUUAAAGUUAACGGCAGAAAACCUUCCCCAGGGCGUUGGCUACCGAGUAGGAGGGGGCUCUAUCGGCCACCUGGCAUUUGCCGAUGACGUGACCCUCUUUGCCUCCACGCCCGAGGGUCUCUCCGAGGCCCUCGGGGCUUUCCGUCGUGCUCUCGGAUCCGUGGGGCUCGAUGUUAAUCCCGGUAAGUGCCGCACCCUCGCUUUUGAUGUCGAGACAUGGGACAGUGAGAAGCACGGGACAAUCCCCAAAGAUACACUCAUCCAACUUAUUCGAGGGAAGGCUGGUUUACUCGUUACAACCUGUGAUUUGGUCGAUCAAGAAGUUAUCGCCUCAGGAGCCCCUUCUCUGCAAGUGGUAAGCACGAUGUCAGUUGGCGUUAAUCAUGUGGAUCUGAAGGCUUUGAAAGAGUUUAAUGUGCGUCUGGGUUAUAAUUCGGAUAUCAACGUUGAGGCAACCGCUGAGCUCACAGUUGCUUUACUCUUGGCAACUUCGCGAAGGAUAGUUGAAGCUUCAGCGGCGGUGAAGAGUGACAGGUGGACUACCAACAGAGGAUCCUUCAGGUGGCUUUGCGGCCAGGGAUUGCACGACUCAACAGUUGGUAUCAUUGGAUACGGUAAAAUAGGACACUCGGUUGCGAUGAAGCUGAAGAGCUUCUCUCCUAGGCGAAUCUUCUACACGAGUAGAAAAGAAAAGCCAAACGGGAAUGCUAUCGGAGCCGUCUACACAGAUCUUGAUACGCUCCUUAAGUCUUGCGAUUUUGUAGUUCUCACGCUAGCUCUGACGCCCGAAACUACAGGUAUCAUCAGUAGGAGCAAAAUCGCUUUGAUGAAAGAGAAUGCCGUCUUCAUAAACACCGGCAGGGGUGCAUUGGUUGAUCAAGACGCUCUGGUUGCUGCCCUUCAACAAAGGAAAAUUCUUGGUGCUGGUCUAGACGUCAUGUCACCCGAACCACUACCUCAAGAUCACCCAUUGCAGAAGCUUGAUAAUUGCGUUCUCCUGCCGCAUAUUGGAAGCGAUACUGCCAAAUCAAUAGAUGACGCCUGUCUCCGCGCUGCUGAGAAUAUCGUCGCUGCUUUGAAAGGCACGCCGAUGCCAGCAGAGUAUCCGCUGUGACAUUUAAAGAAGAAAAUGUGCUGAACAAGGGGAAAAGAAGAAGAACAAGAAGAAGAAGAAAUACACUGGUCGCCAUCGGAGUGAUAACGACCGAAGGGCAAAAAAUAUAAAUUGUCCCCCUCCCAAUCAUUUGAAGAGAUACCAUACCUUGAGUUCCUUGUCUCUGGUUCCACACGUGGAUGAGGAACCGUUCAAUGGGAACAUAAAUAUUUGAAUAAAGAGGAACCUUUAUUGAGUAGUCAGGUCAAAAUAGCGUUUGACCCGGAAUAAAUAGCAACAAAAGGUUUUUUGCGGAAAUCUCUAGUUAUACUAUACCUAAACAAGAAACUAAAAGUUCGACACGAUACGAUGACCGAAAGGGGGGGAAAUGGCCCCAAAACGCUAGAAUCUAGUAAAAAAUUUGCUGCCCCCCCCUCCCCCAGAAUCUCUUAAUUGCCCUUUACAAUAAACUUUGUCCAAAGAAGAAUUUAUAGUUAAGCCUUAUGCAUAAAUAAAUUCCAAAUGCACCCUCGUUCUCAGCCAAGGCUCUUGCACACAGGUCACUGGCCAAAAAAGGUCUUGGCCUUUCUCGAAAA